AUGUCAGGAUCUACGGCGUACGCUGCGCGGCCCCCACGCCAGUCCCCGACUCGCUCAAACCGGGGCCAUAUUGAGUGCCUAAAUGAAUUCCAUCCCAAACCUAACCGCUUUGUGCUCCAGUUCACACGCUUCCGUGCGUCUAGUCCCACAGCUCACAAAACCACGACUGAUGCAUUGUUGGCAAUGUUGGAUGCAUUCAACGAUGCAGGCAUAUUCAUCCUUGUAGAUUGCCCAAGCAGCAGCCCACCGGUGUUCAGCAUCGUGCGUAGUCCCAACAUCAGGGCCUCACCCUCGCACCACGGCUUUUUCAAUUUUUUUGGGUUCGGUUCGAGUUCGAACCCCAAAAAAACCGAACCUGACCGUUCUGAACCGUUCGCGAGGGUCCGAUUCUCGGUUCGACGAUUUUGUUGGACCAGACCAUGGUUCGGUUUCGUCCUGUCAUCACCUUGGCAUGGACGGAAUACAAAACCGGUCAACUUCUUGGUAGGCACUGGGAAUCGGAACACGUUCGGACAACGCAACACGAUUAAAGGUUCGAAGACUCCAUCGAUCUGGACUCAGCGACCGUUUCUCGAAUCACCGCAUUUUCAAUUGGACUGUGCCUCAUCCGGCCGGCAAAACGUGCAAGGAAGCAAACACGCAGGAGGUAGACGGGCGAAUAUUUGUUGCAUGGACUCAUUCACAUUUCCAUCCCACUCAGUUUUCGUGCUUUCACGCUUUCGCCAUGGUUCUCUGACUCUUUGUUUCGUUUUAUCUUCACGACGCAUGCCUUACAUCCGGAGCCCGCCUGAUAGAUGAUUGGACUCACUACUUUGACUCACGUUUUCGUACAUUGCAGUGUAUUACAUGUUCUUGUGGCAUCGUAUAGAUUGAAAAUACAUCACAAU